AUGACGAAACACAAGUUGCUGGGGUGCUCAUUCUUCAGUGUGACACUCCUGGGAACGGUUCUCGUCAUUUUAGGUCAGGGCACCCCGGUUGUUGCUAGCUACAACUUCAUCCGAUGUGGAGAGUGCGACGAGGCUCGGUGCCCAGAGCUGCACUACUGUGAAGGACAAGCCAUCAAAGAUCACUGUGGUUGUUGCACUGUGUGCUCCUCUUCCAAGUUUCAGCCGCAUGUGCUGAUAGCACAGCAGCCUGGGG